CUGAAGGUAAACGGAACAGAAAAGAUGGACUGGAGCUGAAAUUACCCAUUCUCACUUGAAAACCUCACGUCCGAAUAGUUGAAGUGGCUUUAAUUGUUAUAUUUGUACAGUUAGACCCAGGUCGACCAGAGUUUCCUCCGUUGCCGUCGUCUUUUAGACAGGUGGUAUGAAGGCUCACAGCAGUGAUGUCGUAGUGUUUGUCCGGAUCAGACCGACCGCCAACUUCGCUCAAGGCCUCAUUGAAUGUCUUCCUGAUGGGCAGACAGUGAAUAUCUAUCAUAGAAAAGACUCCAGGAAGCUCCAGGAAUCCAAAAAAGGACGGCUGAGGUCCUGGUCAUUCCGGCUGGAGGGGGUCCUGCAGAAUGUGUCCCAGGAGGAAGUGUAUACCCGAGUGUGUCGAAGGGUGGUACAGGGAGCACUGGAUGGCUAUAAUGGUACUGUGAUGUGCUUUGGGCAGACAGGUGCAGGAAAAACCUACACCAUGACAGGAUCCACAGAAUCAUACAAGCAGAGAGGAAUCAUUCCUCGGGCCCUUCAGGAGGUGUUUCAGGAGGUGGAGAAGAGGACAGAUCAUUCUUUUUCAGUCCACCUGUCUUACCUGGAGAUCUACAAUGAGACCCUGGUGGACCUGCUGGCACCGCUACAGGACUCACCUCACCUGUCUCCUCGGGCCAUGGUGGUGAUGGAAGAGCCAGGCAGAGGGGUGUUCAUCAGAGGUCUUUCUCUUCACCCAGUUCACACCGAAGAAGAGGCACUCAAUCUGCUGUUUGAGGGCGAGAUGAAUCGCGUUAUUGGAUCUCAUGCCCUGAACAGGAACUCCUCCAGGUCCCACUGUAUCUUCACUUUGCAUAUAGAGGCUCACUCACGGACUUUAUCUGAUGCUGAGUACGUCACCUCAAAGCUGAGUCUGGUGGAUUUGGCUGGGUCUGAGAGGUUGGGAAAGACUGGGUCCGAGGGUCAGAUGUUAAAAGAAGCAACAUAUAUCAACAAGUCCUUGUCGUUCCUGGAGCAGGCCAUCCUCGCUAUGGCAGACCGCCGCAGAGACCAUGUUCCCUUCAGACAAACUAAACUCACACAUGCCCUUAAAGAUUCACUGGGAGGUAACUGCAACACUGUGCUUGUGGCCAACAUCUAUGGUGAGGCUGCACACAUAGAAGAAACACUCUCUGCUCUCCGUUUUGCGAGCAGAAUGAAAUGUGUCCGGACUGACCCUGCAAUUAAUGAACACAUGGAUCCAGCUCUUCAGAUCAAGAAACUUCAGAAGGAGGUACAGAUGCUUAAAGAGGAACUGUCCAUCUACAAUACACUUGUGAGGAGGCCGAGCAUCACGUACGAGCCGUUGUCUGAAGCUCAGCUGGCUGAGAUCAACAGCCAGGUUCAGAGGUACCUAGAUGGAAGCCUGAAAGAAAUCAGUAUUACAAGUAUCAGGCAGGUCCACGCAGUCUUUGCCCAGUUUAAGCUUGCUAUUGAGGAACAGGAGCAGAAGGUGAAAGCUCAACUAUGCCAGACCUACAACUUGGUGGAGAAAAACCAAAUUGCUAAAACAUCUGCUAUCAAGGAGUGUGAUACCAGGAGCAGCACUGAGGAUGUUGAGGCUGGCAACAUUGGGGUGUCUGCUCAGUCACAGAAACAGACCCAGCGUCCAAGUUCAACCAAAUCCAAAACUAAGAAGCCGAGGGACAAACAGAGCCAAAGCAAAAGGCAGGAAGAAGGUAGUCCAGUUUCAAGAAGACAUGUGGAGAGUGCCUCCAAAUCAAAGCUGAAUUCUAUCCAGAUACCUGAGGGGGAACUGGAGUCACAAGAACCAGACACUGAGAGCCCGGACACACAGGAAUCACAGCAGCCUGGCAAUGAACCCUCUCAAUCUGACUUGCUGUCUAUGCCCAGGCCUCAUCCACUCAAAGCAGAGGCAUUUGAGGAUUUUAAGGUGGGACAAGGCAGCAAGAUCAACUGCAUCCUUAAGGAGAACAAGGCUGUGCUGCUAGAACGUCGCAGGCUCCUUCAGCAGCUCAUUGAGGAGGUCAACGCUGUCAAGAGAGAGAUCGAUUGCACAACGGCUACCAUACAGCAGCACAAACAGAUGAGAGAAACCCAAGGUCAGUAUUUGGUUAUGGAGGAGGAGCCAGAUGCCACUUUAUUGUUGCAGCUCAGAGAGCUGAAGGCCCUGUACCGGCAGAGGUAUGAGGCACUGCGUAACAUCAAGGCAGAGGUCAACUACUGUCAACACCUUGUGGAUCAAUGCAGGGUGCACCUGCUCUCUGAAUUUGAGACCUGGUAUAAGAAGACUUUCAUGUUACCUGAGGAGGAGCUGGUCAUAUCUAUGGAUAAGACCCUUACACAAAGAGAGGAAAACCAGCAGCUUCAGUUUGAGCUUCUUCCGGACAGCCCCAGUGCCGAAUCCUUCUACAGCGCUCGCGGCAGGAUGCUGAAAAGGAGGAGCAGCAGGUUGCUGCCCUGUACUCCAGUGCAAAGGAAUUCGAUUGCAGGGUCUGAAGAGAGAAGACUCCUUCCAUUUCUACCUGUUAGUUAAGUGUUACGUGGGCACGGCGGUUUCCAGGCUGCGGCGACCCUGCCUCAGUUUGCGCUUGUUGCUGUACAAGGCCAUCUCCUCCAGGGCUGAGGUGGCAGGCAGUGAGGUGGGAACCUCGGCCUCAGGGUUUGCAGUGAGCCCUAGGAAACAACAAAAGACAGACAGAACAACUUCAUCACAAUUUCACUUGCCACCUGCUGCAGUUAAGCUUCUUUUUACUUGACAUUCAAUCCCCAACACCAGCAGUGGAGAGGAGGAAAGAUUUAGGCAACUGGACAGAAAAUUCCUGCGCAGCAUUCAACUGUUGAAAAAGUGGAUGGAUCCCUUAAACCUGCGAGAAAAGCCCCACAUUUAAAUCAGCAGCUGGAAACAAGCAGGACCCAAAAGUGUUGAGCAGAGAAGUAAAGCACCUAGUGACUGCGUGUUUAAACCUGCCACCUCAAUGGGCUCUUUAUUCAAACUCACAGCAACAGGUGAUGCCAUUAAAGUUACUUCAAGAACCAA